AUGGUGCUUGGCGUGUCACCUUGUCAGUACCGGGAGGUUCCUUCGUCCAUUUCCUUCUCCGGGUCAGGGUUCUUGGCCACCUACCAGUUAGGAGUGGCCCAGUGCCUCCAGAGCCAGGCCCCGUGGAUCCUGCAGUCGGCGCCGUGCGUGCUCGGAGCGUCGGCCGGUUCCCUGGUGGCCGCCGCCGUCGUGUGCCAGAUGAGUCUGCCCAUGAUUCGGGACGAGAUGCUGAAUUUUGCCAGGGAGAUGAAGGCCUUCACGUUUGGGCCGUUGAACCCCUCCAUCAACAUUUUCCACUGGCUGGAGAAGAUCCUCGUCCAGCAUCUUCCUCACGACGCGCAUCAGCUGGCCAGUGGCCGACUGGUGGUGGGCUUGACUCGCAUGACCGACGGCGAACACGUCCAGGUGUCGGACUACCGCUCCAAAGAAGACGUCAUCCAGGCUUUGCUCUGCAGCUGCUACGUGCCGGGCUACUGCGGAUUGCAGCCUCCGAGCUUCCGCGGUGAGCACUACGUGGACGGGGGCUUCACCAACAUGCAGCCGGUGCUCUCGCGCCCCUGCAGCCAGACGCUGACCGUAGCACCGUUCUCCGGCGAGGCCGACAUCUGCCCCGACGACUCGCCCUGUGUCUUGAAUAUGGUGGUGACCGGAACCAUGCUGAAGGCCAACCUGGCCAACAGCGCCCGAAUCUUCAACGCUCUCUAUCCUCUGGCUCUAGAGACCCUGGAGGAAGCUUUCUGCAGCGGCUACAAGGACGCGCUGGAGUUCCUGGUCAACCACGAGCUCAUCGCAUUCCCCACCAUGAACCACAUUGCCCACGACAACUUGUACGCCCAAGCUCCACUGAUCCUGGAGACGAUGGUGGGGGAAGAGGAGGAGAUGGCGGCGGGCACCAAGACCACAUCACCGUCGGAGACUGAAAGAAAUGGCAACGUGUCAGCGUUUUACAAGUCGCACAAGCUUGUGUCCAUCAGUGUGGAGAUUUUGGAGAGCGUUCUGCUCCUCAACCUGCUGCCGUACUUGAGAAUGUUGGGCUCGCCAGCCGUCGCCCUCUCCUACCUGCUGGUUCCUGUCAUCCUGCCGGUGUUCCUGCUGCUGCACGGUCGCCGAUGGCUGGAUUCAGAGUUGGCGCAGUGGACCUGGCUCAGCUUGAAACACUUCAUCUGGUUUUUUACGAACGUCUGUAUCUCCACCGUGAAGAGGAACCUUCGAGACAGGUUGGGUCUCGUCCUUCUCCUGGUGAAGUUGCUCCACUUCGAGAAAGAGCUGGAAAAAGCAUCACAGGAAAUGCCAGCAGUGUCUUCCAGCAGGCCCGUUCCGGCCUCUUCACACUCAGAGGACCUGCACCGCAGCAGCCUUGACCCACAGCGAGCAAAGAAAAAGCCAGGGCUCCGCAUAAUGUAG